CCGAGCACAAGUGCACGUUCCCUGGACUGUGAACUGCAAGAAGAAGUUGUAUCACAUUCCAAAGGAACCCAUGCAGAUUGGAAAGGGGAAAAAAAAGAUCUCAUUCUUUGAAUGCAAUGAACUGAAAAGAUAGUCUAUUGUAAUGGUAAGUCUGGAGGAGCUGGACAAGCUGCAGCAUCCAUCAAAAGCCACCAAUAUCGUAAAUAUUUCCCGAUUUACAUGUACGAUUUCAAACUUUCAUUUACCUGCACUGUGUAUAUCUACUUAUAUUCACCAAACAAGCUUCGUUUGAACAUGUAACACUGAAAUAACGGUAUCAACAAGAAACAGAAGAAAUAUUAAAAUCACAUGAAUGUGAUGGAUUGAGAGGCACCCAAAGGUUCAUUGUUGGGUGUGAAAGGUUGUACUCUGUGUGUGCAAGGUGCCUACGCAUGUGUUGCAUCCCCAGUGCCUUCUACAUGCAUCCCUGCAUGGGACUAGUGCCUUGACUUGGCCUGAAGAUUUAAUAACAAUGAUGUCCCAAUGACACUAACAGACAAAAUGGAUAGAACGUCUUCCUCCGCACAGACACCUGUCACUUUUACAUAUGUACAAGCAUUACUACAAGGCGGUUCUCCAUGGGGCUUCUCUUUGAAGGGUGGACUCGAGCACAGGGAGCCUCUAACCAUCUCCAAGAUUGAAGAGGGAGGGAAAGCCGAUGCACUGGAAUCCAAGCUUCUGGUGGGAGAUGAAGUAGUGAGGAUCAAUGGUGUGGAGCUCAGUAGCUCCAGAAGAGAAGCCAUCUCACUGGUGAAAGGCUCUUACAAGAAUCUCUUGCUAAUUGUACGAAGAGUGAAACUGGUCCCUGCAACGGCUUUCCAUGACAAUAUUUCAGUUUCAGAACAGGAAAACCUCACAGUGUUCCGUUCCAGCAGAUUCCAAGAACAAAGUGAAUUUAUUAAGAACGAUCUGGAUGAAUCUGUCCCUCAUAUACCCACCAAACCUGAAACGGUCCCAUUUGGCCCAUCAUCAGCAUGUUUAGGUGGAGAAUCUAAACUGAGAAAUAAGAACAGGCAAAGCGAGACUGUCAUCCGUCCCCACUCUUGGCAUUCAACCAAAUUACUGGAGCCCCUACAAAGUCCCAGCAUGAUGCAAAUAUCCCAGGGGACUAUAGGAUCUCCAUGGCACCAGGCCUAUCACUCAAGUUCUUCCACAAGUGAUCUCUCCAGCUACGACCAUGGGUACUUAAGACGGAGCCCUGAUCAGUACAGCUCCAGAGGGAGCAUGGAAAGCCUGGAGCACAUGCCACCUACGUUUCAUCCUUGCCACCACCAUCUCUCACCAGCUAAGUCCACCAAUUGCAUAGAUCAACUUGCUCAUCUGCACAGCAAAAGAGACUCUGCCUACAGCUCUUUCUCAACCAACUCCAGCAUACCUGAAUACCAUCAAAACUCGUUCUCUAAAGAGAGGUCCUAUUCAAUGGAAAGUAUGCACUCUCGGAACAAUUUACAAGAAGGGAUAAAGCACGCUGAUAUCCGGUAUAUUAAGACAGUCUAUGAUGCACAACGUGGUGUCUCUGAAGAGUACGAGGUGAAUUCAUCCUCAUUCAAGAACCGUAGCUAUAGUAGGCUUUCCAGUAACAACAGGAACAGCACUGGCUUGCACAGUAAAUUGGAGCAAAGCAGAGUUUUUUCUGAGAGUGACAGUCUUGAAAGGGGACCUCCCAUGCCACCUGCUCGAAGUGACAGUUAUGCAAUAACAAAGCACCACGAAAGACCCAGCUCUUGGUCUAGCAGUGACCAGAACCGAUCUUUAAGAACACAUUCCAAAGCAACGGGUGGCACUUGUAACCUGUCUCAACAGUUGAAACCAAUAUUUGGUGAAGGGCAGCUGCACACUGUUAUGGAGAAGAGUCCAGAAAGCAGCCCACUUACAAAACCUAAGCACAUUUAUUCACCGGCCCCACAACCUGGGCAGCCAAUGCUUCCUACAGGGAUCUACCCUGUGCCAUCUCCAGAGCCUCAUUUUGCACAUGCUCCGUCACCUCUUAAAAACAACAAUGGAAGGCUUUACCCAGCGCUUGCCAAAGAGGGUGCAUACACUCCAACACCUUCAGUCUUUCUGGGAAAAAAUGCAUCCGAUUCACCGUUUGAUAAUAAUGAAAAAGAUUCUCAAAAUCUCCACAAUAAAGCACCCGUGCAUUGUCCAACAAACCUCCCCAAUAAAGAUCUAGAUAAAAAUCAAGAUGGACCUGCAGGUUUAGCUCAGUACAAGCUUCAUUUUUCAGUUGGCCCUGAAAUUCCAACAAGUUCAUCAUUAACUGUCAACGAUCCAAAUGUCUCACAAAAAAGCCAAGAACUCCGCAGCAGCAAGCAACAAAUAAAAAAUGGGGUAAGAAUGACAACAAGAAAUCAAACCAAUAUUGAAAAACAAAGUAAAGGUGAAGUACUGGGGCUGCCUAUUAAUGCACAAAACAGGAUUUUGAACGAGGUACCAUUCCAGAAUGAAUUAAAGAUGAAACAGGAUACUUCAUCUCCAUCCAAUAUAGAAUCAUACAAAAAUGAAAAUAUUGAUACUCCUCAGGAUAAACAUUGGGGGAAUCUCCACAGUAACACCCCUUCUUCAAAUAAUAGACCUGAUGGAAGCCCUCGCCGGCAAGAUCUCAGAAACAAAUUAGACAAUCCAAGCUUUACAAAACACAUUGAAGAUGCUGGCAGUUCAGUGGUGCUUUCUGGCAAUCAGUCUGAGGAUACAUCUUUCCUCCCUCAGACAAAAAACUGUGAGUUUAGAAGGAGAUUAAGCUCUAGCAGCACUCAAAGUAGUCAAAGUGUACAGUAUAGCAAGGCAGAUGCUAAUAAACCACGAUCUUCAGUGCUAGAAAAGAUAUGUAAGAUUGAAGAAAGAGAGCAAGAGAGUCAUCGAUCCCAGGUCUCCUCUGGAAACCUUUAUGGCCAACAGACAGGGCAUCCUUCAAGGGGAUUGAACAACAGAGGAUCUGUAAACAGUAUUGAAGAAAUAAGAAACAGAUUUAACUCGCAGGAACACAAUCAAUAUAGUGAAAGGUGCAGACUUUCAAAUUCUCAAAGCACAGAGAAAGUUAACAAUGAGCAGAUGUUAAAAAGAGCUGGCAGUGUCUACAGCAUGGUGACAGGAGAGUCUAAAAAAGAUGGAGUAGACAGUCAGAUAGAUAAAGUAUCCCAGUAUAAGCAUGAACAGCGUGUUGUGGAAGCAGCACCAAAUGACGAUAAACGAAAAGUUGAUGCCCAAACAAUGCCAAAUAAAGACGCCCACUGGGCAAAUGCUUCACAAGACACUCUGGGAUUUAACAGAGCGUACAGGAACAGCAUCAAACAUGCACAGUCCAAGGUACUAGAGGCUACAUCUUUUAGACGCAAAGAUCUAGAGAUCACCCCACCACAAUAUAAGAAGCAAGAAAAAACCAUAAAGAGACCCACUUCAGCUAUUCUUCUGGGUAAGACUUCACCUGUGUCUCCCCAUGCUCCAAAGGAAAGGCACAGCAUUAAUCCAACAGAUAAUUGUGCCAAAUUCCAAGACAUUCAGAGUCUGGAAAACCAAGGGAUUUCAUUCCCUGUAACCCGUAUUGGGGCCAGGAGAAGGUUGACAGCUGAGCAAAAAAAGAGGUCAUACUCUGAGCCAGAAAAGAUGAAUGAAGUUGGAGCAUCUGAUAAUGAAUCAUCAGCUUUAAAUGUUCAAAAAAGAGGGCAAAACGUAAACUUCAUAGAAAACACAGUGGCAGACAGACGUAGAAUUUUUGAGCGGGAUGGUAAAGCUUCUUCAACAGUUAAUCUGUCAAAGCCAGAGCUUAAACAGCUCCAGCAAAAUGCCCUUGCAGACUAUAUAGAGCGUAAGACCGGUCGAAGGCCUUCUUCUCAAGAAGCUGGAUUUUUAAAAGAAAGGUCUCAAAGUACUUAUUUCACAGGGAGCAUGUUGGAGAGCCAGAGCAAUUCUUCUACAUCUAGCAUAAAUUUACUACAAGACCACAUUUCUUACCGUAGUAGGGAUACAAAAAACAGGCAUGUUUCCUCCACUCUUCCACCUGGUCUAACUGGCUUAUCUGAUCUAGCCAGCUUUGAGCAAGACAUUUGGCAAGAUAGCAGGGGCCGUAGUAGCUCUUUUGCCAAUCAAAGGUUUAUUGAUUACAGAACUAAAACAGAGUUUAGCAAAAGCACUCAAAUAGACAAUCGCAUGGAAUUAACUUCAUCAAGAGAUGGUGAAUUUGGGGAUAGAACAGUAGAAAGAGUGCCUGGUAAAUCAGCUUCUGCUGAGGAUUUGCUUGACACGUUACAGCCGACAACUGCUCUACAUGUGAGGUCACAGUCCACUCCAUCUGGUGGUAAGAAAAGCCAGGAUGUCAAAAACAUGUCUCGUGGAGGAGGAAGUCAAGUUUCCAGUAACACCAGAAGCAAAGAUGUAUGUCAGUUUGAAAAACAAUCCUUUCAUAGCACUUUACAUUCUCAUCCUCAUGACCACAGCAGUACUGCAGGAGGGAAUCACGUCCACCUUAAAACCAGUAUGGCAAAUCACAGCGUAGAUGUACAUAGUAAACAUGCCAGAACCCAAAGCCUUACACCAACAUUUGGAAAUUACAGCAGAAUCCAUGAGUCUAAGCCAAAUACUUUACCAUUAUCCAACCAGCCAACUCCUUCAAAAAUAGCUCACCCUACACAAGACUUCAUCACUGCUGAAGAAUACCUGUAUAUGGGAAAACAAGAUAAAUUAAGUAUUCCUUCAGUUGUAGUUAAGGAUGAGUCAGCUUUGGGUCUCACAUCACCUGAUCACAAUUCCCUUGAAGAUCUUACUGACAAUGCGAGAGCUUGGAAGGCACCACAGAGACCACCACCUCCAAAAAUAAAAUCCAUAAAUGAUGGGACUUUUAAACAGAAAACCAGCUCCUGCCCCUUAAUUGAAAACAAACUUUCUCCUGGCUGGACCAAUGAGCUGUGGAGCACCAGUUCUUCAGAAAAUGAGCCAUUGACGCCCCAUGGAAAAAUAUCUCUCCGCAUAUCUGAAUCUUGCCUUCAGUCAUCAGCUCCUGUGAUUCUGCAAGACGAUGAGGAUGAUGAGGUAUUUGUAAAAGAGCCUGAGAUGGUGGCAUUUUAUGAAGAGCCAAUUAUUGUACCUCCCACACCACCUUCUAGCCUAGAAGAUGUUCCCCUCAAUGAAAAACAAGAGACACUUCUGACUGCACCAACUGUACCACCCAGCAAGCAAGACAGUGAAGACAUUAUUCCUGUACAAGUCAAAGAAGACCUCAAUAAAAGGUAUCCUCUUGGCAGUGAGAAAUUCAGAGCACCCCUAAAUAUGGAAGCCUGCAGUUCCGGCAUGAUUUCAACCAGUGCACCCAUAAAAAAUCUUCUAUCAAAUCUUUCCACGUCAAUGCAAGCAGCUCAGCCAAUAGCAUCUACGAAGGGGUCAACAAAUCAAUAUGGUGAAGGUCUACCAGCCUCACAAGAAGACACAUCAUCAUCAUUGUCAAUGCAGUCCCCUACCUAUGAAAGUCACAGCACCUUAACUUCCUACAACACAAAAUUGAUGUCUCUGGAUGAUGUCAAAUCUCAGGAGCUUGCAAAGGAGAUUGUAAACAAGGACAAGUCUCUGGCAGACAUUUUAGAUCCUGAGUCAAAAAUGAAGACCACUAUGGACUUGAUGAGUGGUCUGUUUACAAAAAGCAGCGCUGCACUAAAAGAGAAUAGCAAGAAAUGGGAGAGAGACAAUAUGUUGCAAGAGAAGAUAACAGAAAAUGGAAAUAAAGAAGAGAAAAGGGAAACAGCAGAAAUUGCACAAACUAGCUCUGCAUUUUCUUCCUUGUCAGCACCCAAGGUAGAAGAUCAAGACACUAAUGCAGGUGUGAGGGACAGACUGGACAGUAUGGACAUCAACGAGAAGAAGGCUGAACUUAUUGACAACAUUACUCACAAACUGGAGAUUAUGAAAGAUGCCAAGGAAAGCCUUUUGCUUGAUAUCAAGAUAAACAACAGCCUUGGAGAAGAGGUGGAGACCCUAAUUGAAAGUCUUUGUAAACCCAAUGAGUAUGACAAAUACAAAAUGUUUAUUGGAGACCUGGAUAAAGUGGUGAAUCUCCUACUCUCCCUCUCAGGACGUCUGGCAAGGGUAGAAAAUGUCCUUAGUCGCUUAGCUGAAGAUACGAAUGCUGAGGAACGGAAAACCUGGAGUGAGAAGAAAAAGCAGCUCUGCGGUCAGCAUGAGGAUGCUCGGGAGCUGAAGGAGAAUCUUGACCGUCGUGAGAAAUUGGUGAUGGACAUCUUAGGAAACUACCUCACAGGGGAACAGUUUCAGGAGUAUCAGCAUUUUGUCAAAAUGAAGUCGGCUUUACUUAUUAAACAGCGGGAGCUGGAUGACAAGAUUAAACUUGGCCAGGAGCAACUUAAGUGCCUAUUGGAAGGUUUGCCUAGUGAUUUCCAAAUCGGAGGGAAAGUGCCUUUGACAGAAGGAAGUAUUUCAUCUUUUGGAAAUAUGAAUAUACCUCCACCACUGACCUCUUCACUUUAAUAUUCCAUGUAGAUGAUUCUGGCUAACAAAAAU